CCCGGCGUGCAGCGGAGCUGCCUGCCCGGAAGGCGGAAGUUUAGGGACUUCCGGUCGGCGAGAGUGGCGUGUGGCGUCUAAGUUCCUGCGCUUUCUCAGGUAAAAUAUGGCUAAAAGUUUACGGAGUAAGUGGAAAAGGAAAAUGCGUGCUGAGAAGAGAAAAAAGAAUGCCCCAAAGGAGCUGAGCAGACUUAGAAAUAUUCUUAAAAUAGGUGGUGAUGUUUUAAUGAAAGAUGUUCAAGAAAUAGCAACCGUGGUGGAACCUAAACGUUGUCAAGAGAAAACCCAAUGUGUGGAGAAAGAUGAAACAGAUGACAUGAAAAUGGAAACUGAUAUUAAGAGAAACAAAAAGACUCUUUUAGACCAGCAUGGACAGUACCCCAUAUGGAUGAACCAGAGGCAAAGAAAAAGGCUGAAGGCAAAGCGAGAGAAAAAGAAGGGAAAAAGCAAAGCAAAAGCCUUGAAGGCAGCGAAGGGUUUGGCCUGGUAGACUUAAAAACAUGAAAAACGCCACGUGGGACAGAUCUUUGAUUAGAAUGUAUACAUUGAUUUCAGCUUCCAUCAAAUGAAAACUGUUUCAUUUUUUAACUUGGCCUUUUUCUUCAGUUCAAACCCAACAUAACUCCUCAAGUUUGUUUUGGUAACUUGAAUAAAAUAUUUUCUUUGAUGAA